GGAGUCCCUUUUGCUGCUUCCCAACCCCCUUUCCUUGCCCCCCAAUGAGUGGCUUGAGCAUCUAGGGAUGCCUCUGCUUGGAUUAUUGAUGCAUUUGAGCUGAAGCUGCAACACAAACCUCCCCCUUUCCCCCCCUUUUUGUGGUUGCAUUGGAUUUCCUGGACCCCCCAACCAAUGCCCAGCCCAGCAUGCGGAGGCUGAAGCGCCUGGUGCUUUUCUGCCCCUUUAAUAGGGGUCUGCAGAGCCGCCUCCCUGGCAUCAAGGUGAAAUACCUCUUCUUUGUCUGGCUGGGCAUUUUCGUGGGCAGCUGGGUGGUCUACAUGCAUUACUCGUCCUAUUCGGAGCUCUGCCGGGGACACGUCUGCCAGGCCAUCAUUUGUGAUCAGUAUCACAAAGGGAUCAUUUCUGGAUCGACGUGCAAAGACCUUUGCGAGGAACACACCUUGGUUUUCCAGCAAUGCCUCUCUUCCUCUCCUACCCAACAGGUAUACAGUGGGCUCUGGAAGGAGACGGGAGUGAUCAUCAAAUGCGGCAUCGAAGAAGCCUUGAAGGCUGACGCUUUCCCAGAGUCAGGGCCCCGGAGAGACAUAGUUCUCUUCAACAAGCCAACAAGGGGGACUUCGAUGGACGAGUUCCGGGAGAUGCUUCUCAACUUCUUAAAAUCCACUCUCGGGGAUCAACCGUCCUUGGGAAACCUAGUGAACAAAAUCAUUGUGAUGGCCGACGUCAGUCGAGAUGGAAAACUGUCUCUGGCGGAGGCCAAGUCCAUCUGGGCCCUUCUCCAGCUGAAUGACUUCUUGCUGAUCCUCUCUCUGCACGAGAAGGAGCACGCCUCCAGACUCUUGGGCCAUUGCGGGGACUUGUACGUGACCGAGAAAAUCCCACACACGUCGCUCUACACGGUGGAGGUCCCCUCUUUCCUGCAGCCGUUGUUGCCUUCCGCCAUUCACCGGCUCCUCCACCGGUGGUUCUCCCCGGCUUGGCCGCGCCGGGCCAAAAUUGCCAUUGGCCUCUUGGAGUUCGUGGAGGAGAUCUUCCACGGCACUUACGGCACCUUCUACAUCUGUGACGGGGCCUUCGCCGACGUGGGCUACAACGAGCGGCACGACUUCAAGAUGACGGACCUGCGGAAGGUGGCCGCCGAGACGGCCGUCCGGGGCUUCCUCAAAGGGCGGCGCUGCGAGCAGAACGCCGACUGCACCUACGGCAAGGACUGCAUGGCGCCUUGCGACAAGCUCAUGAAGCAGUGCAAGAGCGACGUGGUGCAACCCAACCUGGCCAAGGUCUGCGGGUUCCUGCAGGAGUAUCUGCUCCACGGAGCACCCUCCGAGUUGAAGGACGACCUGGGGAAGCAGCUCAAGACCUGCACCACGCUCAGCGGCCUGGCCAGCCAGAUGGAGGUCCACCACUCGCUGGUGUUGAACAACCUCAAGACCGUGUUGUGGAAGACCAUUUCGGACACCAAAUAUUCGUAGGAACACAACAAUGAAGGAACUGUGCAAACGAGAACGUCGAAGGCGAACAU